UUUGCAUCAACAAAAAAUUCCGAAGGACAAUGGAAGAUGUGAGAACCAGGAGAGGUGCUGACGUAGCUUCAGACCACCACCUAGUUGUAGCCAAUUUGAAACUGAAGCUAAAAAAGAACUGGACAAGUGGACAAACAGCAAUACAAAGGUUCAAUACAGCCUUUCUUCGAGAUACUGUCAAACUCAAUGAAUUCAAGAUAGCUCUCAACAACAGGUUCCAAGCCUUACGAGAUCUACUGAAAGAAGAAGAAACUACUAUGGAGGACAACUGGAAAGGCAUCAAGGAAGCAUUAACUUCAACGUGUCAAGACGUUCUCGGUCUAAAGAAAUACCAUCAUAAGGAAUGGAUCUCUACAGAAACAGUGGACAAGAUCAAAGAAAGGAAGAACAAGAAGGCAGCAAUAAACAACAGCCGAACACGAGCAGAGAAAGUACAAGCACAAGCUGAAUACAUAGAAGCAAACAAACAAGUGAAGAGGAGCAUUAGAGCCUACAGGAAGAAAUACGUGGAAGAACUAGCAACGACGGCAGAAAAAGCUGCUAGAGAAGGAAACAUGAAACAGCUUUACGAUACAACGAAGAAACUAUCAGGGAAAUACAGUAAACCAGAGAGAUGUAGAAUCGUUCACAUACCUGAGAAGCAUCAUCGAUGAACAAGGAGGUUCAGAUGCAUACGUAAAUAUGAGGAUUGGCCGGCAAAGCAAGGACCGCACUUCUACAAUUGAAGAACAUAUGGAACUCAAAACAACUUUCAACCAAUAUGGAAGUGAGGAUCUUCAAGACGAAUGUUAUGACAGUCAGUUCUACCAUACGGAGCUGAAACUUGGAGAACUACUAAUAGAAUCACCAAAAAUGUACAAGUAUUUAUCAACAAUUAACUAUGUAAGAUACUCGAUAUCCGUUGGCCGGAUACUAUCAGCACUAGCGUUCUGUGGGAGAGAACAAACUAGUUUUCAUCUGAGGAGGAAAUUAGGGAAAGACGAUGGAAAUGGAUAGGAUAUACAUUACGCAAAUCAUCAAGUUGCAUCACGAGGCAAGCCCUAACUUGAACUCCUGAAUGGAAGCGGAAAAGAAGAAGGCCAAAGAACACAUUACAUCAGGAAAUAGAAUCGGAUAUGAAAAGGAUGAAUAACAACUAGAAAGGGUUGGAAAGGAUUGCUCAGGACAGGGUUGGAUGGCGAAUGCUGAUGAGCGGCCUAUGCUGUUUCACGAGGAGUAACAGGCGUAAAUGAGGAAAAUAUGUUAAAUACAC